AUGGCGCGACUCAUGAGUCAGCCCAGUGCGUCCAAGCCCUUCACAUGGACCACUGUGUUCUACCUUCUUUUUGUCUUGAUUGCGCCUCUGGCUCUGUUUGGUUCCACUGCUCACGCUGAGGAAAACAGCUCCGUGGAGGAGUAUGGCUCUGUUAUCGGUAUUGAUUUGGGAACUACCUACUCUUGUGUUGGUGUGAUGCAGAAUGGUAAAGUCGAGAUCCUUACCAACGACCAAGGAAACCGAAUUACUCCCUCAUACGUCGCCUGGAACGACGAGGAACGUCUUGUCGGUGACGCCGCAAAGAACCAAUACGCAGCAAACCCUACCCGCACUGUCUUCGAUGUCAAGCGAUUGAUUGGUCGCAAGUUCGAUGAGAAGGAUGUGCAGAAGGACUCUAAGAACUUCCCUUUCAAGAUUGUCAACAAGGAUGGCAAGCCUAACGUGAAGGUCGAAGUUAACAACACUCCUAAGAUCUUCACCCCCGAGGAGGUCUCGGCCAUGAUCCUCGGAAAGAUGAAGGAGAUUGCCGAGAGCUAUCUUGGCAAGAAGGUCACCCACGCCGUUGUUACUGUUCCCGCCUACUUCAAUGACGCUCAACGUCAGGCUACCAAGGACGCCGGCACUAUUGCCGGUCUAAACGUUCUCCGCGUUGUCAACGAGCCCACCGCCGCCGCUAUCGCCUAUGGUUUGGAUCAGACCGGUGAUGAGCGCCAGGUCAUUGUGUACGAUCUCGGAGGUGGUACCUUCGAUGUGUCUCUUCUGUCUAUUGAUAACGGUGUUUUCGAGGUUCUGGCUACCGCUGGUGACACUCACCUCGGUGGUGAGGAUUUCGACCACCGGGUCAUGGACUACCUUGUUAAGCAAUAUAACAAGAAGAAUGACGUUGAUGUUACUAAGGAUCUGAAGUCUAUGGGUAAGCUGAAGCGCGAGGUUGAGAAGGCUAAGCGUACUCUGUCUUCCCAGAAGUCUACUCAAAUUGAAAUUGAGUCCUUCCACAACGGCAACGAUCUCUCUGAGACCCUCACCCGGGCUAAGUUCGAGGAGCUGAACAUCGAUCUGUUCAAGCGCACUCUUAAGCCUGUCGAGCAGGUGCUCAAGGAUGCCAAGGUUAAGAAGUCCGAGAUUGAUGACAUUGUUUUGGUUGGUGGUUCUACUCGUAUCCCCAAGGUUCAGUCUCUCCUUGAGGAGUUCUUCGGUGGUAAGAAGGCCAGCAAGAACAUCAACCCCGACGAGGCUGUCGCUUUCGGUGCCGCUGUCCAAGGAGGUGUUCUCUCCGGAGACUCCGCUACCACUAACGUCGUUCUUAUGGACGUUAACCCCCUUACUCUGGGUAUUGAGACCACCGGUGGAGUGAUGACCAAGCUUAUCACCCGUAACACUGUCAUCCCCACCCGCAAGUCGCAGAUCUUCUCGACUGCUGCUGAUAACCAGCCCACCGUCUUGAUCCAGGUGUUCGAGGGUGAGCGCUCCAUGACUAAGGACAACAACCAGCUUGGCCGUUUCGAGCUUACUGGUAUUCCCCCCGCUCCUCGCGGUGUCCCUCAAAUCGAGGUCGCCUUCGACCUGGAUGCCAACGGUAUCCUCAAGGUCAGCGCCAGCGACAAGGGCACCGGCAAGGCUGAGUCUAUCACCAUCACCAACGACAAGGGUCGCCUCACUCCUGAGGAGAUUGAGCGCAUGGUCGCUGAGGCUGAGGAGUUCGCCGAGGAGGACAAGGCCAUGAAGGCUAAGAUUGAAGCCCGUAACGGCCUCGAGAACUACGCCUUCAGCCUUAAGAACCAGGUUGGCGACGAUUCUGGUCUUGGUGGCCAGAUCGAUGAGGACGACAAGCAAACUAUUCUUGAUGCUGUCAAGGAGACCAUUGACUGGCUCGAGGACAACGCUGCCACUGCGACCGCCGAGGACUUCGAGGAGCAGAAGGAACAACUCUCUGGCGUUGCCUACCCCAUUACCAGCAAAUUGUACGGCUCUGGUGCUCCCCCUGAGGACGAUGAGCCCUUGGACCAUGACGAACUGUAA